AUGGACGGUUCGAAAUUCUUCCAAGCUUGGAACAACUUCCUCGGCCUGUUUCGAGCUGCUAAUAUGCAGAGUCAGAACAAUAACGCUCCUUCAGAAAACCCAGAAGCUCGUCGGAACGAGCCUGAACAGCAUGAACAGCCUGCAGAUACAAAAGUCCCGUCUGGAGAUGACAGCGACAAGCACAGCGACGUCAGAAGCUCAAAUAACAACUCGGACGCUGAUCUCCCUGGCGACACCAACAUCACAGAGCCGGACAACGACAUGCGCAGCGAUCCUACGCCCAGAAACAAUGGUGGUAUUGCACAAGGGUUCAAAGUGUUCUGCCGAGGGGCACUUGAUUCUGUCGUAGUCAAAGUCGGGAUGGCUGUGUCACAGGUCAAAGACUUCAUCAGCAAUGCUAUUCAGACUAUCAAGGAAAAAGGCAUGUUGGGCGCCGCAAAAGAGGUUGGAAAGUGGAUGAAGGCGCAUCCCAGGGAGAUGGCUCUCAUAUUCGUACCCCUUGUUGCUAUGGCAAUUACAGCAAUCACCCUUCUCGCUAUCGGAUUUGGACCUGCCGGCGUCGCAGCUGGCAGCACCGCAGCUAUCAUUCAAGCGGGUAUCGGUAAUGUUGUGGCGCACUCUCUGUUUGCAACCUGCACAAGCGCGAUGAUGGGCGGCUACGGCGCUCUCAUCAUUUUUGGGGGCGUUUGGUUUUCUUCUACUGUCGCUAUUGCAGCUACCAGUUCUCAUGUCUCGAAAGCAAUGAAUGAUGCUGUCGAUAACCUCAUGUUCGCAUCCACAUUGGGAGUUGCAUACAUCACUUACCGCAUCAAGAUCCCGUACAGCUCUACAGCUGAUAUCGAUACUACAAAUAAUGAAUCCCAUCUACCUCUGGACUUUACGGACCUAGAAAAUUUCAAUCUCGAUUUCAAUUUCGACGAGUCUGCCAUAACAACAACCUGCACUACGGACACCCUGGAUUUCGGCUUCCCGGUUAGUACGACCUGUGUCACUCCCCUCCCAGCUGCACUGCAAAACCCGCCAAACCUCGAAAACCAGAAAACUCUCCAAAAGGCUCCAACACAGACGAAAAAUCAGUUUUUGUCAACUGACCUCUCCCCUUACGCGAAGGCGAGGAUGGGCUAUUUUCUCGAGCACAUGCAGCUGGUACCAAGAACGAUGGUAGAGCAAAACUGUACGCCAUGGAUGCAUCCGACGCUCUACGACGAUCACAUACCACGUUGCUUACAAGACGCUCACGCUGCAUGUGCACUUUACAUCAACAAAAAUGAGAUCAACGCUGAGCGCGUCGCACAUCAUAUCCGGAGUCGUGUGGAAGAGCUGAUCAAUGAAAUUGUACCCGAUACACCGAUCGAGAUCCUUGCUCGAACCCACGCAAUUAUGUUGUAUCAACUCAUGAUUGUAUUUGGCGGCGACAUUCGCGUUUGUGCACAGGCCGAUGCCUUUUCAUCUCACUUGGAGGAAAUGGGAGCGAUGCUACUACCAAUUGCUACUGAGGAGAACGAGCACAUAGGCGCUCUCCCAUUGUAUCCUUCCACAGCUGCUCAUUCUGCCUGGCGAUCAUUCAUCUUCCGAGAAUCAGCGCGACGUACAGUCCUUGCGGCAUAUCAAAUCACAGUUAUGUACACGGUCCUCACGGGUCAGAUGAAAACUUGCAGCCCGGAUGUUGCACUCAAGUCUCGCAUCACACUAUCCGCGCACUUGUGGAAAGCUACCAAUGCCUUCGAUUUCGCCAUGAGUUGGAACGCAAAGAACCACUUUGUUAUCGAGGGACUGAAUUUUGCAAGUCUAUUGAAGGCAGCGCAGCCAGACGAUCUCGAUGUCUUUGGCAAUAUACUACUUAUCUCUUUGCAAGGUAUCGAUGAUAUUCGUGGAUGGUACCAUGUACGAGGCGGGACGCUAGAAGUACCUUAA